AUGGCGCCAGUCAGGGCCAACGAGCCCUCCAGUGUGCAGGAGUUGGCCGAGCAAGCCGAAAGGUUCGACUACGAUCCCGCUGUCCCGCUCAGAUACUGGUUGCGUAGCGCUGAAACGCUGGCCAAGGAGGCUGAAAUUUAUGAGAAAGAAGGCAAUGACCAGCAGGCGUAUCUCUUGCUCUUCCGCCAUGCUAUGCUUGUGCUGGAAAAGCUGCCCAAGCACCCGGAAGCGAAGGACCCGAAAUACAAGGCAGCCAUCAAGGAACAGCGCAACGCAGUCACAAAGAAUCUCCCUAAACUCGAGAAUUUGAAGCCGAGGAUAAACAAACAACAUGAAAAAUAUAUCCAGGCCAAAAUACGGCGAGAUGCCGAAAGGAAGAAGCUGGCGGCCCAGAGACCGACAUUGGACCACGAGCAACUUGCUCGGGACGUGGAAAACUGGAGCAUGCAUACAAGAAAGGACUCGGACAUGUCAUUUGGUGCAAAACAGGCACUUGAUGCUGGGGAGCACAGAGACCUUGCGGCGAAACUUGCGCAAAAGGAGAUUCGGAGAAGAGAUUUGGCGAAAAGAAAGGUGCGACAAGCCGGAGUGUCCGAAGAGGAAGAACAACGACGACGCAGAGGAGGAUCGUGGAACUCAUGGGAGGACGACUUGGCGGGCAAUGAUAGUAAAGAGGAUGCAGAUGAUUUGAAUCGGAGGAUCAUCGAAACGGGACGGCAUGUCCAGGAAAGCUCCUCUGCUCGCAAGGCUUCUCUGGGCAGCCCUGGAGCCAGACCAUCACAUCCCUCCCCCUACAGCUAUCCCCAUGUUCCCCAGAAAAGCGUCUACGAGGCAUGGGGCGAGCCCUCCGUCAUGCCACCGUCCCUUGCCGCGCCACCAUUACCAGCAAAGGUCGCCCCAGAAUCCAUGGAGGCUCAGUUAAAUACCAUACCUCCGGCAAUCCCACGAAAAGAGUUUGAAGACUCGUUCCGAGCAAUUCCACCGCCUGUACCUGGAAAAAUUCUUGACUCUGACUGGUCGAAUACACCAUCUCGUUCCGCUUCGGCAACGCCGCCUCUUCAGCACGCGCUUAACCCUAGCAACGUGACCUUCGAGUCCAGAGCAUGCCUUGAGAGCGGCAAGGCCUUGCGCACAGUAUUCUUACCACCUAAUCUGCGCAACGAUUUUCUCCGUGCCGCGGCGUCGAACACUCAGAAUAACUUGGAAACCUGUGGUAUUCUCUGCGGCACCCUUAUUUCAAAUGCGCUAUUCAUUUCAAGGCUGGUCAUCCCGGACCAAAAGAGCACAUCUGAUACGUGUGAGACCACGGACGAGGCCGCUCUAUUCGACUACUGCGACUCUGAAGACCUCAUGAUGCUCGGUUGGAUACACACGCACCCUUCUCAAACCUGUUUCAUGAGCAGCAGAGAUUUGCACACUCACAGCGGGUAUCAGGUAAUGAUGCCCGAGGCCAUCGCCAUUGUUUGUGCGCCUAGCAAAAGUCCCUCGUGGGGCGUUUUCCGAUUAACAGACCCUCCAGGCCUGAAGUCAAUCCUCAACUGCACGCAAACCGGUCUCUUUCAUCCGCAUUCCGAAUCACACCUCUAUACAGAUGCAAAAAAACCAGGUCACGUCUUGGAGUUGCCAGGGCUCGAUUACUCAGUCGUGGACUUGCGGUCGGGGCGCUGA